AUGUUGUUCUUACUUUUCUUUCUUUGCGAUGGAAAAUUUGCUUAUCGAAGAGAUUUUCAGCUAAGAGAGAAUGUUUAUGAUUGCCCUGAUAAAGAUAUACAGGAUCAGUGCCAUUCCCUGUGCAGGACCGAUUAUGUGGGUUGUGGAUUGCUUUGUGAAAGCGAAUACUGUCAAUCUAUUUGCAAGGAUAUGUACGAAAAAUGCCUCUUCGGAUGCCCAUGCGGAGAAUACUGCCCUGAAGGGUGCAAAGGCUGUGAUCAUCCUCUUGCUCUAGUGAGCCAUGUCAAAAUGGGGGAACAUGUACAAGUGAUGGGGGAUCUUAUUUUUAUCUGCGCCUGCAAUGAUGGCGACUAUGGUGAUUUCUGCGAGUUCACCCCUUGCACUGAUCAUGGUUGUUUGAAUGGAGGAACCUGUUUAGCUGAUGGAACAGAAGCAAUUUGCAAUUGUUUGGACGGGUUUUCCGGAGAAGAUUGCGAAAUAACUCCAUGCAGUGGAAACGAAUGCAAUGAAAAUGGAAACUGUAUCAUUGAUGGAUCUCUUAGCUACUGCGAGUGUUAUGAUGGUUUUUCUGGCGAUAACUGUGAAAUUGACCCAUGCUCGUCCAUUGAUUGCGGCAACAAUGGUUACUGUUCCAUAAAUGGUUCAACUGGGACAUGCAUCUGCUCGGAUGGCUACUUCGGAGAACAUUGUGAGUUCGAUGAGUGCUCAAAAGUUGAAUGUCAAAAUGAAGGACACUGCAUUUGGAAUGGAAUAAACGCCUCCUGUUUUUGUCCUCCUGGUUACUCCGGAACACUUUGUGAGAAUAACGGAACAUGUCAAAUAAGCGGAUCGAGUUAUUCUUGUGAAUGUCAAGAUGGAUUUUCUGGCAAAGAUUGCCAAAUGACGCCCUGUUCUCAUUAUCCUUGUUUCAGCGGAGGAACUUGUAUCAUUGAUGGAUCGAGCUAUAUUUGCUCCUGUCCUGAUGGCUUUUCAGGAAAUAACUGCGAGUUUAAUGCUUGUUCAGACUUUGAUUGCGAAAACGGGGGUGAAUGUAAAGCUGAAGGUUCGAAUCCGAUUUGCAUUUGCGAGGAAGGUUUUUAUGGAACACAUUGCGAGUCAGAGUCCUGUUUGAUAAGUUCUUGCCAAAACGGCGGAACAUGUGCUUUUGAUGAAAACAACCAGGAGUAUAUAUAUGAAUGUAUUUGUAAUCAUGGAUACUCUGGUAAAUUCUGUGAAAUAACGCCUUGCACAAACAUUGCCUGUUAUCAUGGGCAGUGCUACAUUUUUGGUAGCGGCGACCAGAACACUGCUGUAUGCGAAUGCUUCGAUGGAUGGAUAGGUGACCAUUGCGAGCUGGUUGAAGAUCCCUGUUUGGAUGUGGACUGCAAUCCAGGCCAUGGUUAUUGUAACAUAAUCGACAACCAGCCCCUCUGCGAUUGCAACAUUGGAUAUGCGGGAGAUAAUUGCGAGAUAACUCCUUGUACAAAUCACAACUGUUUUAAUGGCGGCACUUGCUCGAUCAAUAUUUGGGACGAGAUCACGGCUUAUUGUAAAUGUGUCGCGCCGCAUUUCGGAGACUUUUGUGAAUUUGAUCCUUGCACCAACAAUCCUUGCAAAAACAACGGGCAAUGCUCUUUUACUUAUGGCGAAAAGGGCUACAAAUGUGAUUGCCAAGAAGGAUAUUAUGGUUCAAACUGUGAGCUUACGCCAUGCUCGCCGAAUCCUUGCUAUGGAAUUGCAACUUGUGAAAUUGAUGGACCAGGAUUCAUUUGCAUCUGCGCAGAUGGUUACUCUGGCGACUUAUGCGAAAAUUGGGGCUAA